ACCACCACCACCACAACUACCACCACCACCACCACCACUCCCGUCCUCUAUUCCACAUCGGACUCGCGUAAAUUUCGCAGCGAAGAUCAGCUUCGGAGGCUACGUAAACGUUCAGUAUCGGAUUCGAGGUGCUUCGAGAGCUGGAGAAGCUGCGACCACGUUGGAGGGUUCUUGAUCGAAUCGACGGCAGGAGGACGAGGUGCAGUGCGCCAGGGAAUCUUGAUUCAAGCUUUGCAAGUUUCUUCGCUUUUUCAGCUUCACUCCUGACCCGGGCCCUCGCAAACGCAGGGAGGCAUUUUUCUCCUAGAGUACCUUGAGGCACAGAGAGAGAGGGGAAGAGCUGAGGAUGCCGGUCACUGUCAAGAUUUUGGAUCUCGUCCAUCGAGCUGCCGUCGUCGCUCUUGUUGGAACUGGGGUUUGGGGCUUGUGGCUCACAGCCGCAGUGUACAAGAGCAGGAGGGGAGAUAGCGCAAUUCGAGGUGUCUUGAGCCCGUCGGAACAACAAGCAGCCAAGCAAGCCGAGCUUCUUCAAGCAGCGCGAAGCAGGAUGGCCUCGACGAGCACAAACAGCAACGAGGGUUCGGGCGAGUCGGAAGAGUCUCUUUCUUCAAGACAAGUCACUGCUGCGCCUCCUCCACGCACGCGCAUGGCAGGUCCGCGAGGCAUCUUGCAACAAGGCGCUCAAGCUCGUCGUCAGGCAGGCGAACACAAUGAUGGAAUCGAAAAGACGGUUUGAGAGUCUUGACCUUUGCCUUUCUCGCCUCGCUCCUGAACCUCUACUCUCUCGAUGGACAUCAUGCGCAUUCGAUCAUGAAGCUUGCAUUUGCGACUCGAACUCGUGCGCGAGAAGCCUGGAACCGGCAGCCUGGACCCGGUGGCAAUGAGUUCGGAGCAAGACUCUGAAAGAACAUUUUUGGUAAUCGCGGCUGUCUCAUAGGCCCCAAUGCUAUCGAGGGUUCGUUGCUAGGCUACAGAGAGUGCGUGGGCUAUUGCAUCUGCACUCGCAUUUGCAGGCACGCUCUUCACAAUCACAAAGUGGAAUCAGACGUCGAGACGAGUGUCGGACUUGCGAGGUGUGUGUAUGUACAGAGCGCGGAUGAAGCGCUCGACGCUGAGAUUGAA